AUGGAAAUGCAGCACAAGGAUUCGGAAAAAUCCCUAUUGAUAAAAUGUAACAUUGGGCUGAUGAGCAUUUCAGGCCACAAAAUCUACGGACCAAAGGGCAUUGGAGUCCUUUAUGUUCGCAGACAUCCACGAGUUCGCCUGAGCAAAUUAUUUCAUGGAGGUGGUCAAGAAAGAGGAAUUAGAAGUGGAACUACACCUCCAUUUCUUGCUGUGGGAUUGGGUAAAGCUGCGGAGAUUGCAAAAAAAGAAAUGGAUAGUGAUUCAGAAUACAUCACCAAACUAAAUAAAAAGCUUUUGGCAAUACUAAAGGAAAAAAUGGGAGAAGAUUUUAUUAUGAAUGGAAAGAAUACAAUACCAGGGUGUAUAAACAUCUCAUUUCCAUAUGUUGAAGGUGAGGGUCUUCUAAUGCGUUUGAAAGACUUUGCCUUAUCGAGUGGUAGUGCAUGUACUUCUGCUUCACUGGAACCAUCAUAUGUGCUAAGAGCUAUUGGUGCCUCAGAUGAUCUGGCUCAUUCUUCAAUACGCUAUGGAAUUGGACGAUUUACAAAGGAGGCAGAUGUUGAAGAGUUGGCUACGGCAACAGCUGAUUCUGUUAACUCUCUAAGAGAGAUGUCGCCGUUGUAUGAAAUGGUUAAGUCAGGGGUUGAUUUGAGCACAAUCAAAUGGACUGCUUAA